GCUUCACUGGUGUCUGAAAAUCAACCGUGCUUGGGUUGGCCACAGCUCCUGUGCUCUUUUGGCCCUUUCGGCCUUCCAUAACCCAGGCUACUGCUCCGUCUCCCUCCUUCCUCGUCUGUCUGUCGCAUUUCAGCCGGAGGAGCCUCGGGGUCGAAGGUUCUGCCCUGCUCGCCUCGACCUCCACCUCUGCACGGCUCAGAAAUAUCCGAUUAUUCGAUUACGGCCGCGUCGGACACUUGAGCGGAGGAUCGUGGCGUGUUUGGAGCUGACGGGAGAAAAGGUGCCGAUUUUGGGCGGCGGGCAUUGAGUGAUGCCCGCUGCGUGGCGCGUUGAUCCUGUUGCCCCCCGCUGACCUGCCCAUGACCCCAGGAAGCGGCGUUAUGGCGCGCCGUGGCUCCUCCCACUCGAAGGUGACCAUCACGGUAGACGAGUACAGCUCGAACCCCACGCAGGCCUUCACACACUACAACAUCAACCAGAGCCGCUUCCAGCCUCCUCACGUGCACAUGGUGGAACCCAUUCCGUACGACGCCCCUAAACCAGCAGGUCACACGCGUUUCGUGUGCGUAUCUGACACACACUCGAGGACAGAUGGCAUCCAGAUGCCGUACGGCGACGUGCUGCUCCACACGGGUGACUUCACUGAACUCGGCCUCCCGUCUGAGGUGAAGAAAUUUAACGACUGGUUAGGAAGUCUGCCCUACGAGUAUAAAGUGGUCAUCGCUGGGAACCACGAGCUGACGUUCGACAAGGACUUCAUGGCCGACCUGGUCAAGCAGGACUACUACCGCUUCCCGUCGGUGUCCAAGCUGCGGCCCGAGGACUUUGAUAACGUUCAGUCUCUGCUCACGAACUGCAUCUACCUGCAGGACUCCGAGGUCACGAUCAAAGGCUUCAGGAUAUACGGGACCCCGUGGACGCCCUGGUUUAAUGGAUGGGGCUUUAACUUGCCUCGUGGUCAGUCUCUGCUGGACAAGUGGAACCAGAUCCCUGAGGACAUCGACAUCCUCAUGACUCACGGUCCUCCUCUGGGGUUCAGAGACUGGGUGCCGAAGGAGCUCCAGAGAGUGGGCUGUGUGGAGUUACUCAACACGGUACAGAGACGGGUCCGGCCCAAACUCCACGUCUACGGCGGGAUCCAUGAAGGUUAUGGUCUCAUGACAGACGGAUAUACAACCUUCAUCAACUCGUCUACAUGUACAGUCAGUUUCCAGCCCACCAAUCCACCCAUCGUAUUCGACCUUCCCACCCCAGGAAGCUCGUGAAAUUUCCCCUCCCCUUUUUUUUCUACUCUCCGACUCUUCUUAUCUUGAAAGUAAUGGUCUUUUGUACUGCUUGUAUUUAAAAAAAAAAUGAAUGCAUGGAUAUGUAAUAUUUUUUAAAAAAAGAUGAUACCAUUUAAAUAAUGAUUUGCUGGAAGAAAAAAAAAGAAGAAAAAUGGUGAACUCACGAAUUCAUAUUUAUGCUUCAUUUGUAUUGGUUGCCUUGUUAAAUUUGUUUUCGUCUGUUUCGAAAGUGCAUUAUAAAGGUACCAGAAGAGGCUCAGCAAUACGUCGUUUUACAGCAGGACGAAAAAUUUCAGUCCUUUUUUUUUUUUAAACAAGCUGAAAUAAGGCUGAUUUGAGGAUUUUAAAGGAACAGUCCACCGUACUUCCA